UGAGCACGGAAGGGCAGGGAUUUCGCUGAAAUGAAAGUGGAAGCAAAGCCUGCAAGCAGAAUAAGGGCGCUGCUGGGGAAGAUCGAAGCCCCUCAGAAGGCACUCUACAGUGGGAGCCAAUUCCGCUUCCUUCAGGAGGAGCAGGCCAGACUAAAGAUGAGGCUGCAGGAGCUGAAAAGGGAGCUCAGGAACUGCCCCCAAAACAAGGUCCCCUUCCCAGUGCCUGAAGUCCCACUGGUAUUCCGAGGACAAACUCAGCAGGGCACGGAAGUGCCCAAGUCUUUGGUUUCCAACUUGCGGAUCUACUACCCUCUGCCUGGAGGCUCUGCUCUGGUCAACUUUGAUGACCCCAAGGUGGCUGAUCGGGUGUUGCAACAAAAGGAGCAUAAGAUCGACCUGGAAGAGAUCCGGCUACGGGUGCAAGUCCAGCCCUUGGAGCUGCCCGUGGUGACCGCCUUCCAGGUGUCCAGCCAAAUGAGUGGCCAGAGAGUGCUCAUCAGUGGGCUUCCUGCUGGACUCAAGCUGAGAGACGAGGAGCUGCUGGACAAGCUGGAGAUCUUCUUUGGCAAGACCAAGAAUGGGGGUGGUGACGUGGAAAGUCGGGAGCUGCUGCAUGGGGGUGUCAUGCUGGGCUUCACUAAGGAUGAAGUGGCCCAGAACCUGUGCCGGAUUGGCCAGUUCACAGUGCCACUGGGUGGGCAGGAGUUCCCUCUGAAAGUCUCUCCCUACAUGAGUGGGGAGAUCCAGAAGGCCGAGAUCAGGCCCCAGUCAAUGUCCCAGUCUGUGCUGGUGCUCAACAUUCCCGAUGUCCUGGACGGCCCGGAGCUGCACGACAUCCUGGAGAUCCACUUCCAGAAGCCCACCCGUGGGGGAGGGGAGGUAGAGACCCUGAUAGUCGUGCCCCCAGGACAGCAAGGCCUGGCCGUCUUCACCCCUGAGUCCUGCUAGAAGCUUGCCCUUGUCAACACCCUCCACCCCUCUGCCAAGGUAGCCCAGGUGGAAGCCGCACACAGCCCGGUUGGACGGCAGCAGCUGCAGAGCUGUCACGCUGAACUGAUUCCACCAUGUGCGUGCCAGGGCCAUCAGGUUCCGCUUGGGGCCUGUCAGCAGGUUGGCCAUUCCUG